GUUGAUUCCCCGCCACUUCAACGGUUUCUUCAUUGUAACGUAGUCUUAUGUCUUCCUCUGAUUCAAGGCGUGGAAUGCGCAAACGUACUCAUGACAGAGCCUUUAGUAGUCAUUCAACUACUUUAGACUCUUUACCUUCAUCCUGUAAUGGCCAAAAACCCCCUUCGAGUGUACACUUCAAGUCCAAAUCUAUGUCUACAAGUUUGAAAAGGAUUCAGAAGGAAUUAACAGACAUCAUGUCAGAUCCUCCGCCUAAUUGCAGUGCAUUUCCACGAGGAGAUAAUCUCUAUGAAUGGGUGUCAACUCUCUUAGGUCCUCAAGGAUCCGUUUACGAAGGUGGAAUAUUCUUCCUUGACAUCCACUUUUCUAUGGAGUACCCAUUUAAACCCCCUAAAGUAAUUUUUAAAACUCGUAUCUAUCACUGCAAUAUUAACAGUCAAGGUGUAAUCUGCCUAGAUAUACUUAAGAAUAAUUGGUCUCCUGCUCUUACCAUUAGUAAAGUUUUGCUAUCCAUUUGCUCGUUGCUUACUGAUUGUAAUCCUGCCGACCCACUUGUUGGAUCUAUUGCUAGCCAAUACAUGCAUAACAGACCAGAACAUGAUCGCAUUGCACGACUGUGGACACAAAAAUAUGCAAACUCUGCUACUUAUCCUUCUACUGGACAUUCACAUGGUAUCAAUGUAGAUUCCGAGUCUUCUAGGAGAGAAUCACGCAUCACACUAUCCCCUGCCCCAAGAUCGUCAGAUUCCGGACAUUCAGGCUUCGCGUCAUCAAACAAAGAUGAUACUCUAACAGAAGUGCCAUGUACAGAAAGCAGUAGUGCAAGUGCCUGUACAAGCAUUGGUGCUAGAAGUGAUGGAGGAGAAAGUGUAGAUGAAGUUCUCGAUGACGACACUCCCGUACCGUCUACGGAAUCAUCCAUCGUCCAUUCAUUCACUCCAGUUUGAUAUAUGAGAUUCGUUAAUCUUGUUUAUUUACCUGGUUCUUUCGUUUCCUUAUGGUUCCCUGUUUUAAUUUAAUCUAUAGCUUGCUUUGUCAAUUUUUCUAAAAGAUCACGUGCACUUUGUGUACUGUUUUCUAGAGAAUUCUAGCGUGGCUAUCAACAUUCGUUUAGUUUCUUCUUAUUUGCAUUCCUUUGUUGGCAUUUUUUUCUUAUGAUUACUUUCUGAAAAAAAAAAGAAAAAGCGGUAGUAUCCCACUAAAAGUAUCUCCGCCUUUCUUCAAUCUCAGGUGUGUUAACUUUAGGUUUAAUUUAAGUUGUGGAUCAGUUUAUGCAUAUUUUAUUUCUAAAUGUUCCAAAGCAAAACUGUACAAUUAUCGUCAAUUGUUUUUGAAAUUAUCCCAUGAUACAAUAACAUGACUUCUAAACAGCUGUACAAAGUUAGCACUGUCCAAACUGAAUCAUAAUUGUAUGCAAACAUGUAUUAUAUGCUCAUGUUACUGAAUCUUUGUGCCUGUGAACAUAUCAGCAUUUCUCAAUCCAUUAUUGUUUAUUAGGCUGUUGAUGUCCAUUAAAUAAAUUACUUUAUAAAGCAAA